UCCUUUAAGAGAGAGACAAAUUGGAAGGCAAAAUAUCAUACAGAACAGCAACUCACAUUCAGGAACCCAGGAGACCAGGUAGAAUGAUUAUAGCUAGCACCAAAUGUAAAUCUUGGGAAAUUAUUCAUGAAUUCUGAUUAUGGGUUGGUCUGCUUUUUCCUUGUUAACUAUCUGAACAUGGGAGAUCUCACCCUGAUACCCACCAGACUUUUGAAAGGGAUCUGUGGUCAGACAGCUUUAGGAAAUGCCCAUCUAUGGCUGAGGCUGCCCUUCCACACUGGGCAUGGCCUUGCCAUCUGUGGCCCCUGCUGACUCCUCAGGGAGCUGCAAGUCUAGGGGAAGACCUCAACUUCACAGUGAUGUCAUUUUAUGAAACGCUAGAUGAGAGCACUGCCAAGAAGCGCUUGCUCAGCCUCCUUCAACGGCGGGGGAAUCUCCCUUUCUUUUUCUGGGUGAAGCUGAGAAAAGGAUUCAUAAACGAAGUCCGAUCCUUCUCACCAACCCCAGCCCACACCUCCCAGCAAUUGAACUUGAAAAAAAACCUGGUUAAAACCACUUCCUAUAUUUGAGACUAGAGAAGAGAGUGUUAGGCACAAUUUCCUGGCUGAACAAACCAGCCUAAUACUUAUAGAGAGCACUCCUGACUGUCAUUCAGAUUGGACAGACCAGCAAAUGGGUUGAUUCCUCAUCCCUCACCCUCCCAGCACAAUGCAAACAGGAGACUGACAGGAGGCCCAGCAUUCUGCAGAGAAGCACCUUCUCCUCACUGCCCUCAAGCAGACAGCUGACCCCAGGUGCCAGGAAGAUGGAGCCAAGCUUGCUGAUGUGGGGGGUCUUCACAUUCAUCACAGUACCUGGCUGUGUGGCAGAGUUUUGUGAUGACAACCCACCACAUCUCCGAUUUGCCACAUUCAAAGCCCUCACGUACAAGGAGGGCACCAUAUUAAACUGCCAUUGCAAGAAAGGCUUCCGAAGAAUAAGCAACAGGUUUCCCUACAUGCUUUGUAAAGGAAACUCCAGCCACACUUUCUGGGAAAACAAAUGUCAGUGCAUAAGGACUUCCCUUGGGAACAGAGAAAAACAAGUUAUUCCUGAAGAAAAGAAGGAAAAUAAAACCACAGAAAUGCAAAGCCAAAUGCAGCCCAUGGACCAAGUCAACCUUCCAGGCCACUGCGGGGAGCCCCCACCGUGGGAACAUGAAGCUUCGGAAAGAAUUUACCAUUUCAGGGUGGGGCAGGCAGUUCACUACCAGUGCGCCCAGGGAUUCAGGGCCCAGCAGAGACGUCCUGCUGAGAGCAUCUGCAAACUGCACUGCGGGGAGACGAGGUGGACGUGGCCACAGCUCAAGUGCAUAAAUGAAAGGGGGAGUCAGUUCCCAGGUGAGGACAAGCCUCAAGCAAGUACUGUUGCUCCUCCUGGGAGUGACACUUCCUGUCCUUUAAAAACGACAGGCCCCACAGGCACCACAAGUACUACAGAUUUUCAAAAAUAUACAGAAGUGGCUACCACCAUAGAGACGUUCAUAUUUGCAGUCAAGUACCAGAUAGCAGUGGCUGGCUGCGUCCUCCUGCUGAUCAGUGUCCUCCUUCUAAGUGGACUCACCUGGCAGAGGAGAUGUUUUCUGUAUGCUGAUGUCACAUUGGUAGCUUGGAGCUGGGCAUGGUGGGAGUAAUUAUACCAUGGAGCCAGGCAAACUUUUUCAGAAAACUGGUUAUUAAACUCACCAACACACCACUUCUUGGAGCCUUGCUCCAUGGGAGCUCAGAGCAAGGAGGAAGAGUAGAAGAACAAUCUAGAAAACCAAGAGUGCUAAGAAGCCAAGAACAGCCCACAGAAGUCAUGGAGCACAAGUGAAAUCAAAGAAGUCAAACACUCACCCAAGAGGCACCUCCUGUGAUCCCUUGGAUCUGGAAAGCUCUGAAGUCCCUCACAGAACACCAGACACCUGCACACCCACCAUGAAGCUCUGUAGUAUCAACCAGUGAGCUUGAUCUGCUUCUAGGCAGCAUUUCCAAGGUCACUGGAAGAACAGGAAGGAACAACUAGAACUCUCAGUCUUAUUUUCAUGUAUAUGUAUUAAUUAAAGCUUGAAUGGCAUGGAACUCUCUCCAUACCACAUAGAGUAUAAAGAAAAGAAGCCUCAUGUUAAUGUCAUCCCAACUUCCCAGUCAAGAAAUCCAAGGAAAACCCUAGCACUAAUGUAAAUUCACACACACACACACUCCCUGUGUAAGGUCCUAUGAAAUUGCACCUUGUCACAUGAUCCACGCAGUUCCCUUCCCAGCCUCUGCUGGACUAGCCCAUUCUCCCAGUCAUAUUCCUGAAUGAACACUCUCUAAGAACUCCAGACUGCUAACUAUGAAUCUUUUUGUCCUUAGCUCAGUCCUCUAAACUAGCCCUCUUCCCCUGAACCCUCAAUUUUGAAGUUCAAAGAACAGAGGCCAUGGAAGAAUUACCAAGGCAGGGUAACAACAAAGAGGGCAACCAAGCCCUUAGAAGUGUAGAACUUCAAUAUUUGAAAGGAUUUUACUGGAGUUAAAGUUGGGAAAAGAAGGAUAAACUGGUCCCAGGUGGCCAGUAUAUAAAGCAUGUGACCAAAGUGUAUGAAGAAAUCUUCGCCUGUACAUUACUAACAGGCUCUUCAAGAGUUCAUUUCCUUGGGAUUGCUAGAAAUGAUACUCAGAAUUUGGCCUGCACGAAUUUGAUGUUUACAGAUAGACACGCAAUCUGCAAAUGUGUGUAUUUCCAAAUUACUAUCAUAAAAACACACAUAAAGGAUCAAUACAUUCAGUGAUUAUGGGAGGAAAGAAAGAAGGAGGCAGUGGGGAAUGAGGACGAAGACCAUGGUAAGAACGUGACUCUGGAGCAGCUACACCGAUGGUUCUCAGACUGUUAGCAAAAUGCUUAGCAAAGCAGAAUCACCUGGAGGCCCAGAUGGCUGGGCCGACGUCCAGAGUUUCUAAGUCAGGACAUCUGGGGUGAGGCCCAAGAAUUUACAUUUCUAACAAGCUGCAGAUGGUACUGAUGGUGCUGGCUGGGGACCACACUUUGAGGACCACUGGUUGUAUCUCUCCAUGCCCACCCCACCCCCCACC